AUGGGUAAUAACACUGCUGCCAACGUCCUGAGCACGAUCGGCACUGUUUUAUGGUGCAUCCAGCUGUCUCCCCAGAUAUAUUUUCUGUGGAAGCGCAAGGAUGCCACCGGUUUCCCCCCGAUCUUUAUGUUUCUAUGGGUCUUAUCAGGCAUACCCUUUGGCAUCUACUUCAUCACGUCUGACUCGUAUAUCCCAUACCAGCUUCAGCCCCAGAUGUUCUCGAUUCUCUGCGGUAUAGCCUGGCUGCAAAGCAUGUACUACCCGCCAUACAACACGCCGCUUAAACGGGUCUUAUUGUACGGCUUUUGCUAUCUCUCGACGUCGCUAGCAAUGCAGCUGGGAUUUGGUAUUCCUUUGAAGAGGCUAUACAAGGAGGGCAUUACGUGGCCGACCACGGUGUUUGGGAUCAUUGCGGCCGUGUUCCUGGCUCUUGGACUUUUGCCCCCCUACUACGAGUUGCUUAAGAGGAACGGCCGAGUCGUUGGCAUCAAUUUUAUAUUUCUAAUGAUGGACUCUGCAGGGGCCAUUUUUUCCAUGGCCGGGACCCUUGUGGGCGAGCUGGACGUGCUGGGCAUGAUCCAGUUCGCUGUCGUUCUGGCGCUCGAGGUCGGGCUGUAUUUGAGCCAAGCCAUAUGGUACAUUCGGUUCCGAGUACUCAGAAAGGAGGAGAAGGAGGAGCCGGAGGGAGCGAGCAAAGAGCAGGCUCAAGUGUGAGAUUUCCCUGGCCAGUCCCAUGAUUUAAUAAUGUCCCAAUUAAUAUCUAGAGCAUCGAGGAACUUGGAAAACGUGCCGUCGCUGAAUUCAACGCGGCGACUCUGUUUUAGUUUUGUCAGUUCGCCUUCUGUCCGCACUUCAGCCAGCGACGCUCUGUAUUCAGCAUACUUUUCGAGUCCGUGGAUCAGCUGUUUAGCGUCGUUUCUUGUAAAGUAGGAUAGAUACGCUUCAAACAGCUCGGCUGUCAUUGGAAACCGCAGAUCCACCAGUUCCCAUAUCAAAGAGGCCAGCUCGGCGCGCCUCUCAAACUCUCCCAAGGCUUUAAUAUAUACCAGCAGAAGGUUCUCUGUGGGAUACAUGAGAUCUGGGUUGUCCUGGUACGCCUGGUUGGUUCUGAGCUUGAAUUCGUGUAUAGCAAAAUCUAGAGGUGUUUUAUCGUCCCAAAAGAUGGAAUCAUAACUCCCAAGCUCACGGAGCCUUAGAGCCGCCAGAAACAGCGACGACAGCGCCAGCGGGCUAUUCUCGGCAAGAAAUUGUUGAUAUCUGGUGUGUGCGCCGGCGGGAUCUAUCAGACACUCGCCCAAAAGGUGCUUAGCUACCAUUUGCCGGGAACUGUGGUCCUGCUCGAAAAGUGCCCGUGCCAGCUCAAUGGGUGUCUCAAAAACCCCAAUAGACAGAUUCUGCCGAAUGGCGCGCUCCUCCAUUAUGGAAUCCUGUUCACGCUCGUAGCGGUCAAUUAGGUUAUUUUCUCGAGCUGGUCCAGAUUUUUUGGGAGGCAGACAUAGCUUGCUGAGAAGAUACAACUUGGCGACAAGGUGCGCAAGAUUGAUGUUGUCCAAAGCAAAAUCGCCAGCCUCCAGAAGCCGCACCAGGCUGCUACGCGACGGUAUGUUGUCUAUGAGAAUGUCCACUGCUCUAUGGUUCACGUGGAAACUAUUUUUUGCAACAAAAUGGUUCCAGAUUUUCUGGUGACGGUUGGGAGACACGUUUGUGGUGAAGAUUUUGUACAUGACGAAAAGCCAUAUUUCCGGGUACCGUUCUGUGAGCUUCCUGUCUAGAGAUGACACAAGAGAGAUGAGUUGGUCGGCAAACUCGCUGCCCCAGGACGGGUCAUCCUGAGUGUGCAGAAGAAGAAUGGAUGUACAGAGCGACUUGACAUUGAAGUCUGUGCGCAGCCGGCGCAGUUCCUCGAUCGUGUGAGAUGGUGCCGGCCGUGGCUGGCUCAGGACGCGCUCGAAUCCGUCGAUGUCAAACGAAUCAAGCUGCCAUCUGUCGAAUUUGGCCUGUGCUGCCUUAAAUAGCUGGUAUGCCUUGUCGCGGUCGUCAAAGUACGAGAUCACAGACGCCACAAGCAUGGUGUUGAAAUCCACCAAGUCGGUUUCCGAGCUCUCGUUCGCCGCGUGGAUGGCCGCAAUCAGCUUCGACUGUGCGCGAUAGUAGUGUUUGCACGGCCAGCUAUUAUUCUCGCCAGAAACGUCGAGAGCGGUGUGCCAUAAAAUUUCUCUUAUUUGCGGCACAAGCUCUGCUGAGUUGCCCAAAAGGAACACGUCCAGUAUGUUCUCCAGCGCUUCCGGGCUCUCGCGUAGCGCAAAAAAGUAGAGAUUUGAAAAGACCGGCGGCAGUAGCAGUUUCCGGUCAAACAUGGGAUCUGUAGGUUCCUGCAACUGGCUGCGAUACCACCACUUUUCCUGGUCCAGAAGAACCACUUCCUGGCCCCAAUGCUUGUAAAGCUCCACAAGCGAGUAGAACUCCUGCUUGUUUUGCGGCUGGCGGAGCAGAAUGUCGUAUAUCACCGAAACAGGCACUUUGGGCACAUCUUUCAGAGCGUAAACAGAACGGAACAAAUCCGGCGCCAAUAUGCUGUUUAUCCAGCUGAGAACUUCGCUAUCGGGCAGAUCUGCAGUACUCCAGCCUUUUGUCUGGUUCAGUUUCUGUUUUAGCAGCUGGAACGCGAUCCGCGUCGUCGUACUGGAGCUGAUAGCGCGCCAGUGUUGGCGUAACAUGAAUGUUUCCAAAACAGACGACUCCACAACCAGCGGAACAGGAUCAACUCUGCCCAAGAAAGACAGCGCGAGACUCUCAGCCGGCGCGUUUUUGUACUGGGGAUCAACUGCCGAAAUCAUGCAAUGAAGCAGCAGACUCAGGACAGACUCCUCGUCGGCCAGCUUUCGCAGGUCCUUGUGGUAAUCUGUAUUGUCUGCAGUUUGAUUCAAGCUCAGUAGAGUGUCCUGGAUGCUUCCCG